CGGCAACGCGGAUUACAGCAUACCAAUUUUAAGAUUCGUAGCAAAAUCGAAUCUACGACGGAUUACAGCACAGGGGUGAAUAAUUUGGAAUUUAUCAAGCUUUGGCUUGGAAGUCCCCAACCUUCAACCUCGCAGAGUCCGUGUGAGAGCGUGCAACAAUUGCAAAAUAUGGUUUUGAAUAAAGUACAGAAUUUAGCAUUAGAAAAAGAACAAGUACAAUUGGAAAGGGAAAAACUUAAAAUGGAAAGAGAAAAAUUUAAAUUAGAAAAAGACAAAGUGCGUAAUGAUUUUAAGUUGAAAAAAUUUGCAUUAAAAAACGAACUUGAAUUAAAAACGGCCGAAAUCGCAUUACGCACAGAAGCCGAUGAGAGAUUAAAAAAAUAUGAAAUAUACUUAAAAUCUGGUUAAAUGAAAUCUAAUGUUAAAUAGUAUUUAGAAAUACAUACAUAUAUGUAUAUGUAAAUACAUACAUAAAAACUAAUACAUAUGUUUUUAAUAAUAUUAAAAUAACGCAAAUUUAUAAUGUUUUUUCGAAAUUCAAUUCUUGGAAGUUUGACAAUUUGAAAUACCGUUAAUUUUACAUUUAAAUAUGUUUUAAUAUUAAUUUACAAGCCUACUAUGUACAUACAUACAUACAUAAGCUAGAUAAUAAAACUGAAUAUUUUUUAUUUACUAGUUCAGUAAAAGAACAAAGUUGUUUCAUUGCAUUUUAUAUAUACAAAUUUUCAUUUAGACUUUGCUGAAUUUCUGGAACUUUGCUGAGUACGAUCGGAAUGAACCAAACAUCGUGUGCACCGCUACAAACAUUUCACCAGGAUAUUUUUCGAGCCAGAACAUUUUUCACUUAUAAGUUUAAACAAUGGUUAUUUCCUAACCCUUCUGCAAGCUACAUACAUUGACGCUGAAUUUUAUUUUGCAUAAUUUUUUUAACUCGUCGUUUAAUUGCACAAACACAGACAGUGAUUUUUCUGCUUGUUGUACUCACACCAAAGAAUAAUGCGCAAGUGUAAAAGUAAUUUAAGUCCGCGUGUUCACUCCAUUACGUUACUUCCAAUAUAACCAGAGGGGUAAGCUUAUAUUCGGCGUGUUGAGGAUGAAUUUCCAAAAUAAUUUCAAUGCGGUAUCAAAUACACCAAAAUCAAAUUCUGAUAGCAAACGUGGUAUCGUCGAGGCUAGAAUUGAAGCGAGACGAGCAUGGAGAGCAGCGUACAUGAAAGAAUAUCGGGCUCGAAAAAAACGCCAGUCUGAUAUUGUACACGAUCGAGUUAGCGCUAAAAUAUCGAGAGAGAGAAUUGAAGAUUCAACGCCUGAUAAACCUCUUAAUAAAUUGCAGCAAAAAAGGAUGCAAUUAACCGCGAAUUCACAAAACUACCGAACCCGGAAAAGAAAUUUAAACAAUGCAGCUUCAUUUGCCUCAAUCCAAUCAAUCGAAACAGACAGAAUAUCUGAACCUGAUUCCUACGAUUCAAAUGACGGUGAAUUAGUACUGAAGUUUGAGACCUCUGAUCCACAGUUGUCAACCUCUCAGAGCUCAUCCGAUUUUACAACAACAAUUGUCAAUAGGAGCACCAUGGAGAGUCCAACAAUGCGACAGAGCAUUAUGGAAGCUUCGCAAACCACCGCUCACAAUACACACGCUAGUAAUCGCAACGAUUUAAUUAAUUGGAAUUUACAAUUUAUGAAGCUUGAGCCGGGCAAUCCACAACCUUCAACGUCGCAGAGCGCAUUCGAUUUGUUUAAAGAACAAAUUUUAGCGAUUGAAAAAGAAAAAGUAGAAUUAGAAAGGGAAAAAUUUAAAAUGGAAAGAGAAAAAUUUGAAUUAAAAAAAGAAAAAGAGCGAUUUUGAGUUGAAAAAAUUAGCAUUACAAAACGAACUUGAGUUAAAAAAAGUCGAAAUUACAUUACGGAUAGAGGCCGAUGAGAGAUUAAAAAAAUAUGAAAUUGACUUAAAAUCUAGUUAACUGUUAGUGUUUAAAUGGUAUUUACAAAUGCAUAUGUAUGUAAGUACAUAGAAAUUAAUAUGUACACAUGUUUGAAUUAUAUUAAAUUAACAUAAACUUAUAAUUUUUUUCAAAAUACAAUUCUUAUGAGUAAGACAAUUUGAAACCCGUUAAUUUUUACGUUUAAAUAAGUUGUAAUAUUAAUUUGCGAGUAUAUCAUGUACAUGCAUACAUAAUUUGGUUAAUAAAAUGGAUAUUAUUUAUUUACUAGGUUUGUAUAAAUACAAAGUUGUUUCAUUGCAUUUUAUUUAUAAAUAUUUCCAUUUAGACUUUACUAAAUUUUUAGAACUUUGCACAUGUAUAUAUGUAUUUGAAGGAUUUUACUGAAGUAUCAACCAAGAGCAAAUAUGUAGAUACACAAUUAUUCACAUAGAAUAGAUUUGAUAAAGUCAUCGUUAGGUACAUACAUACAUCUGUGUUCACAAACCAUAACCGCCUACGUCGAGUUAAGAUAAAAUCGAUUUAUAUAUGCUGUCGUAUUCUCCAAGUACUACUGUAUGCGAUUCCCCAUCUCCCCAGCUAAGCUAUUUAAGAAGUUAUAAACGAAAAUAUUUUACUUUCCCCAUAUGGCUAAUAUUACAAUCCAAAUUGUGAAUGCCCACAGACAAAUCUAUUAUUUCGUGUAUUAACAAAAUUUAUUUGUUAUAGUUAUAUUUUAUAAAUCAAUUUAUAAAUUACUAGAGUUAUCCGGCCACGACUUGCUGUGGCUCAAUCUAAUAAAAUUGAAAUAUGAAGAUUGGAGAACUUAUAUGAUUUUAUUUGCAUUCUUCAUCUAUCCACUUGUUCAUUUUCAGUGACUAUCGAAAGUA